GCUCCUGGGCGGGCGGUUAGUUCCGAGCGGUGCUGGCGCGCGGGGCUCCCCGGAUUGAGCGCCGCGCCCGCCUCGGCAGGCUAUGAGCGGCGCCGGGGACGAGGCCCCGCGGGCCAGCGCGGCCCAAACCAGGGAGCGCGCGGCGCCCGAGGGCGCUGGCGGCGUGCUGAGCGUGGACGUCCCGGGGCUCCUGGCGCAGCUGGCACGCAGCUUUGCACUGCUGCUCCCUGUGUACGCUCUCGGCUACCUAGGGUUGAGUUUCAGCUGGGUGCUCCUAGCGCUCGGGCUUCUCGCCUGGUGCCGUCGCAGCCGCGGCCUCAAGGCCAGCCGCCUGUGCCGUGCCCUGGCGUUGCUGGAGGAUGAGGAGCGCGCAGUGCGCCUGGGGGUGCACGCCUGCGACCUGCCGGCGUGGGUUCAUUUUCCAGACACUGAAAGAGCAGAAUGGCUAAAUAAGACUGUAAAGCACAUGUGGCCUUUUAUUUGCCAAUUCAUAGAGAAGCUGUUUCGAGAAACCAUAGAGCCAGCUGUGCGGGGAGCAAACACACAUCUAAGCACCUUCAGCUUCACAAAAGUGGAUAUGGGCCAGCAGCCCCUUAGGGUCAACGGUGUUAAGGUAUAUACCGAAAAUGUAGACAAAAGACAAAUUAUUCUGGACCUUCAGGUUAGUUUUGUAGGAAAUUGUGAGAUCGAUUUAGAGAUCAAACGUUAUUUUUGUAGAGCUGGCGUGAAAAGUAUACAGAUCCAUGGGACAAUGCGGGUGAUCCUGGAGCCCUUGAUUGGAGACAUGCCUUUAGUUGGAGCUUUGUCCAUCUUCUUCCUUAGGAAACCACUUUUAGAGAUUAACUGGACGGGACUGACCAAUCUUCUGGACAUCCCUGGAUUGAAUGGCUUAUCCGAUACUAUCAUUUUGGAUAUAAUAUCAAACUACCUGGUGCUUCCCAAUCGAAUCACUGUUCCUCUUGUCAGUGAAGUUCAGAUAGCUCAGUUGCGGUUUCCUAUACCAAAGGGUGUUCUGAGGAUACAUUUCAUUGAAGCUCAGGAUCUUCAGGGUAAAGAUACUUUUCUCAAGGGGCUGGUCAAGGGAAAGUCAGACCCCUAUGGAAUUAUCCGUGUCGGCAACCAGAUCUUCCAAAGUAAGGUUAUCAAGGAGAACCUCAACCCAAAGUGGAACGAAGUGUAUGAGGCUUUAGUCUAUGAGCACCCUGGACAAGAAUUGGAAAUUGAACUUUUUGAUGAAGAUCCAGACAAAGAUGACUUCUUAGGAAGUCUUAUGAUUGAUCUCACUGAAGUUGAAAAGGAGCGCCUGUUAGAUGAAUGGUUCAGUCUAGAUGAGGUUUCCAGAGGAAAGCUACACCUGAAGCUUGAGUGGCUCUCCCUGCUGCCGGAUGCCUCCCACCUCGACAAGGUGCUGACAGACAUCAGAGCUGACAAAAAUCAAGCCAAUGAUGGUCUUUCUUCUGCUCUGCUGAUCUUGUACCUGGAUUCAGCAAGAAAUCUCCCGAGUAUCUACGAGGGAAACUUUGGGUGUGGCUACUUAAAAGAGAGGCGAGCGUCUGGACUAGUGUUUUGUGAAAAUACUACCUCAGUCUAUAGAGCACUAUUUUUAGGGAAGAAAACAAACAGCAACCCAAAUCCGCUUGUCCAAAUGUCGGUUGGUCACCAGGCUCAGGAGAGUAAGAUUCGCUAUAAAACCAAUGAACCCGUGUGGGAAGAAAACUUCACCUUCUUCAUUCACAAUCCCAAGCGACAGGACCUUGAGGUUGAGGUCAAAGAUGAGCAGCACCAGUGCAGUCUAGGAACCCUGAGGAUCCCGCUCAGUCAGCUACUGGCGAGUGAGGACAUGACUGUGAACCAGCGCUUCCACCUCAGCAACUCAGGGCCCAACAGCACCUUGAAGAUGAAGAUCGCCCUCCGGGUGCUCCAUCUCCAAAAGCAAGAAAGGCCUGCAGACCACCAACAUUCAGCUCAAGUAAAGCGACCCUCCAUUUCCAAAGAUGGGAGGAAAAUGCUUGUCAAGUCUCAAGUGUCUGCAUCUUCAGCCGCCAGUAGCAGCAGCACAGCUCCCUCCACACCUGUCAUUGGAGCUGCAGAUAAGCCUGGUACAGAAGAAAAGGCCCAGCCCCCUGAGGCCAGCCCUCCAGCCCAGCGUGACCUGGGCAGAAGCACCUCCAGCCUCCUGGCCUCGCCAACCCAUGCCUCCAUCAAAGAACCCACACCUAGCAUUGCUUCAGAUAUAUCUCUGCCUAUUGCUACCCAGGAGCUGCGACAAAGACUGCGACAGCUCGAGAAUGGCACGAUGCUCGGGCAGUCCCCACUGGGGCAGGUCCAGCUCACCAUCCGGCACAGCUCGCAGAGAAACAAGCUCAUCGUGGUGGUGCACUCCUGCAGAAAUCUCAUCGCUUUCUCAGAAGACGGUUCUGAUCCAUAUGUCCGCAUGUAUUUAUUACCAGACAAGAGGAGGUCAGGAAGGAGGAAAACUCACGUGUCAAAGAAGACAUUAAACCCUGUGUUCGACCAGAGCUUUGAUUUCAACGUAUCACUCCCUGAGGUGCAGAGGAGAACGCUGGAUGUAGCUGUGAAGAACAGUGGCGGCUUCCUGUCCAAAGAUAAAGGGCUUCUUGGCAAAGUGCUGGUGGCUCUGGCAUCUGAAGAGCUCGCCAAGGGCUGGACCCAGUGGUAUGAUCUCACGGAGGAUGGGACGAGACCCCAAGUGGUGACGUAGCCAUGCUGGAUGUGAAGUGCCCUCCUCAGUGACCACCCUACCCACCUCCACUCGCAGAUGUACCAAUGUUAUUUUUAUAAUUUUGUGUAUUUAGCUAUAUAUAUAUAAAAUAUAUACCUUAAUUUUAUAAAAACUCUUGGCAUUUUAGGCAAAUUUGGCCAAUAUUAUUGUUGGCUUCUUAUGUUGGAUUUCCUCCAGGCUUGGCCAGCUUCUGUGUGUGCAGCACCGUGUGGUCAGCUGUGCCCAUUGGGAAGCCUAUGUCUGGACUCUGCAUUGCUGCCUUGUUUGUACAGCACUGUGGUACACCGUGCCAUGUAAAUAGACUAUUUUUUUAAUAAUCUUUACAUGCUAAUUUGGACUCAGAAGAAAGUGGAUCAAAGAAAUACAUAUUUUCUUCUUAAACUUAAUUGAAUUCUUACGGCAAAUACUCAUUUUCGUCUUUACAGCAAAACAUUCUCAGUGACCUAUUUUGUGAUGUUUCUUUUUAAAAGGAAAAAGUAGAAAGAUCAGUAGACAUUAGUAUAUUUCUGCCUAUUAGGAAAAGUAUUCAAACUUAACGUUUUCAUAAAUGUAAAGGUGUAUUAUUGGGAAGUCAAGUAAAGGGCUUACGAGGAAACACGCUGUGUGACUGAGUGGUAUAAAACAUCCAGGGGAUUGUCAUGGUUCACAAGUCAUGUGUACUGAUUGGAGUUUCUUACCUAAAAAGAAGUAUCUUCAGCUUAUUUCACUGAUUGUGGUAACAGUCAGUGAAGUAGUAAGAGAGGCACCUGUGAUGCCUCCAAAGGCAGGGACAGCCCCUCCACCUUCUCAGGCAAGCAUUUGGCACAGCAGGUCCAGCCUGCUUGGUUACCAGCAUUUCCCCCGCUGCUAACAGCAAAGGUGCACGGUGUCAUUUUAGGUGGAGCAUCCUGACAUUGAGGUGACUAGGGAGAAUAUUGCACUAAAAACUGGUAGCUGUUCACUUGCCAGGUGUCAUGUCCUAUACAUAAAACCACACACUGCUGCUGUGGCAGGCCUGCUGGGACCUGGCUCUGUCCUGCUGCCUGUGGUGCCUGCUGGGCCUUCCUGUAUUGCUUCAUUUUAUGCCAUGACUGACCUUAUUAUCAGUGUAUUGUUCUACAGUUUUCAUUUUGAUGUCGUCUUUAUAGGUUAUUAAACGCAUGUGUUAUAUAUUUAAGUGUCCCCAAAACUGCGUAUGAGGUGAGGCUGUGUAGCAGUAUUAUAAGCUGUGCAUCUCUAUAAGCAAAGUAUGCACAGAAAGAGGCUUCAUUAUGCUUUUUAAGCUGCAGUAAGAGAAAGGGCUUCCUUAGCUGUGAGAACUUAUAUGACGUGUACACACAUACAGGGAAAUACAGCUUUGUAACUAAAGCUGAACAACAUUGGGUAGCUCCUGUGACCAAACAUACCAAAGUGCCUGUGGCGAGCACUGAUUGUUACUUCCACACACUCCCUCCAUCAAGCAUAUUACAUUUCAUUCAAAAUUGUUUUAUGUGCCAUGGAUUUAUUUAUAGUGAUGUCUGUAGCUUCAUAACACAUUGUACAUAGUCAUAAGGACCAGUACAAUCUCACUGUCCCCUUUUACGGACAUUUUUCUCUGAGGCCUCUCUAGAAGUCAUUUCCAGUAAGUAUACAAGAUUGUUUAUUCUGCGAGUAGUUUAUGAGUGUGCCAUGCACAUGCACAUGUGAACAUAUAUGCACAUAAAGUAUUUACCUAUGGCAUUUUAGUAGCAGAAGGAUAGUAUUUUAUCAAAUUCAGGUGUUCAUCCUAAUAGCUUUUUAUAAAUUUUUUUUUUAAAAAUAGGUAUAUUGAAAGGUUUCUCUCAAAGUCUAUAAAAAAGAACACUCAUUGAAAUUUUAUGAUGCCAAUAAUUUUUCCAAUGCCCUAAAUAUCUAGGGUUGGCACCCAGAUGGCCUGGUCUGCUCAGUGCAUACUUCAUGUAGUGCAGUACUUUAUAAGUUAAACAGUUAGGCAUGGUGGACAUAGUUCAGGAUGCAGAGCCCACAGAAAGCAGCUGAGCACAUAGUAAACUAACCUGGGGUGCAGUGAGACCAGCAGAUUGUCCCCAAGGAUCUGGGCACAAGGUUCCUACCCGCAAACGCUCAAUCCUCUCUAAAAGAGCCGGCCAGCCCUGUGUGAACUAUGUGGGGAAGACUGCAUAUUACCUUCAGGGUGUGCUCAGCAUUUCAGGGGCCUGGUGAAGAAGACGUCUUGUUUUGUCCUCAGAAUGUGGCUUUUAGUUUUAAUAAUGGCUUGUCUAGGAAAAGGGAACUUACAUUUCUACUUUGAGCCAAAACCAAUGGAGAGAAAAUUACCUUAGAUGAAUCUGAAGUGAAGCUGUUGUUGGCUUGCACAUGCGGUUUGUUUACCCUGUGCCUUACAGUCCAAAGGUGGUGGUUUUGAAUUCCAGACUGAACAGAUGCAGCCUGGGGGCUGCAUUCUGGUCUGGAUGCUAGUCCUGUCAAGAUCCUGGGCAGACGUGGACAGUGUGUGUUUGGUGUCUGUGCUGUGUGCACUGCAGUGCAAGCCGCUUGCCCACUGCAAAGCGGGGAAGCAGAGCAUUUCAGCCCCAGAAUGUUCUUUUGCUUAACUAACUUUACAUGGAAGUGCAUGUAUUUAUUCAAUAAAGAUUUUACAUUGGUUAA